AUGAACGCGGACGAGCGCUACGAGCUUCUCCGCAGCGUCGGAGAGGAGUGCAUUCAAGACGCUGAGCUACGGAGCCUCAUAGAAAGGAAACCGGCGAUUCGUUGCUACGACGGCUUCGAGCCCUCCGGCCGCAUGCAUAUCGCCCAGGGCAUCUUCAAGGCAGUCAAUGUUAACAAGUGCACGACAGCCGGGUGCGAGUUCGUCUUCUGGGUGGCGGACUGGUUUGCGCUGAUGAACGACAAGGUCGGGGGCGAGCUGGAGAAGAUUCGCAUUGUUGGCCGGUACCUGAUUGAAGUGUGGAAGGCGGCGGGCAUGGACAUGGACAAGGUCGUGUUUUUGUGGAGCAGCGAGGAGAUUACGAACCACGCCGGCACGUACUGGCGCACGGUCCUCGACGUUGGUCGGCAGAACACGAUCGCCCGCAUCAAGAAGUGCUGCACCAUCAUGGGCAAGACAGAGGGUACGCUGACGGCCGCACAGGUGCUGUACCCGCUGAUGCAGUGCACUGACAUAUUCUUCCUCAAGGCCGAUAUAUGCCAGCUGGGCCUCGACCAGCGCAAGGUGAACAUGCUCGCACGCGAAUACUGCGACUUCAUCGGUCGCAAGCUGAAGCCAGUCAUUCUGUCGCACCACAUGCUGGCGGGUCUGAAGCAGGGGCAGGCAAAGAUGAGCAAGAGUGACCCAGACAGUGCCAUCUUCAUGGAAGACACCGAGGAAGAUGUGACACGUAAGAUACGCCAGGCUUACUGCCCGCGCGUCAAACAAUCUGCCAACGUCAUCACGGAUGACGGAGCACCGGUCGCCACGGACGACCGCAACCCGGUGCUGGACUACUUCCAGUGUGUUGUCUACGCCAGACCCGGCGCGGUGGCCACUAUUGACGGCGCCACGUACGCUACUUACGAAGACCUCGAACAGGCGUUCGUAAGCGACAAAGUCAGCGAGGUUGCCCUCAAGUCAUGCCUGAUUGAUGAGGUGAACGCGCUGCUGGCGCCGGUGCGCCAGCAUUUUGCCUCGAACCCGGAGGCUCACGAGCUGCUGGAGACAGUCAAGUCGUACCGCAAAGAUGGCGCGGUGUUGCCACUGGCAGAGGCGGCGCUCCCUGCUGCCCCCGAAAAGCCGCACGCGUGCAUGUGGAUGCCGGCGCUGGUGAAGGUGCCGCUAGAUGUUGCGGAGGGCAUGAUCCAGGCGGCCAAGGACUUCAUUGCUGCCCACUCAGAGGGCACGGUGACACUGGUGCUGCCGGACUGGUCCGCGGUGGCCAGUGACGAAAUCACUGGGAUGGAGAAGGACAUCUCCGCUGCCCUGCAUGUCAACUCUACGCUUCUCAAGGCGUAUGGACUACCGGAGGCGGUGAAGCUCGUGAUGGAGAACGACGUUAUUCUCGGCAACCCCAACGACUUCUGGGUGAGCGUAAUCGGCAUUGCUCGCAAGAACCUGCUGAGCCAUGUGGAGGAGCUCUACGGAGGAGAGCUGCGUAACGCCGGCCAGGUUAUCGCGGCUCUCAUGCGCGUUGCCACGACGCUGAUGCUCUCCGCCUCGCACGUCAUCUCGACCUCGCUGGAUGGGCAGAUUAACACCUUCGCCCGCGAGUACACGAAGGGGCGUAUCGAGUGUCUGCAGGCACAGGAGGGGAGAGUCCCGGCGCUGCAUCGCCCCGGCGCUGCCCCGGCGGUGCUCGGUGCCGACGACGUUCUCUACCUGGACGACAAUGACAUGGACAUCCGCCGUAAAAUCAAGAAGGCGUACUCGGCACCAAACGAGGAGGCCAACCCAAUCAUAUCGGUUGCCCAGCACCUUCUCGCGCAGCAGGGAGUCCUCAGUAUCGAGCGCGGCGAAGCCAACGGUGGCAGCGUGCGCUACGACACGCCAGAGGGCCUCGUUGCGGACUGCAGCAGCGGCGCUCUCCACCCUGCUGACCUCAAGGCAACGGUGUCACAACUGCUCCUGCACCGGUCAGCAGCGGCGCGCGCGUUACUCAGUGGUGAGCUCAAGAAGAGCAUCGCUACUCUUCGCAACAUGGAGAAGAUGGCAAAGAGGCGAUCAACGAACAAGUGA